CGAUGCACCGCGUCAUAGCGAUACUAGCGACCAUGAACCUUGCCGCGGGGCAGUUUAACUUCCUCAAUGAAGUAAACAAAAUAUCCUUCAACCCCAUAGACAGUUUCAAAGCCAAGAUGAACGAAAUUACCGUCUCCGUAGUAGAGAAUCCCACGGUACAGAACAUAAACGACAGGACCGGCGAAGCUAUCUCCAAAACCAUCAACGCCGGCUCCGCGGUUCCUAACUCCAUCGCGUCCGCCAUAGGAUACUACCACAUACCCACCAUAGAGAGCAAUGUCAACCUCAUGGAGUAUAACGAUAUUAAAUUCAUGGCGGACUACAACGCUGGACUCCAUAACGAGGACGCCAAACUCGGCACCGUGGAGCUCAUCACGAAGUAUGGAUUCCCUGCCGAAACGCAUAUAGUGGAGACGGAGGACGGGUACAGGUUGAAGAUGCAUCGGAUACCAGGCAACGGCAGCGUAGUCUUCCUCAUGCACGGCCUCUUCGGCAGCGCCAACGACUACCUCGUCGCUGGGCCCGAGUCUGCCCUCGCCUAUGAGCUCGCCAGGGAGGGCUACGACGUUUGGAUGGGCAACGCUCGCGGCAACACGCACUCCCGAGCUCACCGCACCCUGCAGCCCUCCGAGAAGAAGUUCUGGGACUUCUCCUGGCAUCAGAUCGGAGUUCACGACCUCCCCGCCAUGAUCGACUUCGUUUUAAAGACGACAAACAGCACCAAGUUGAAAUACGUCGGGUUUUCGCAGGGUACGACGUCGUUCUUCGUCAUGGCGUCAGAACGGCCGGAGUAUAACGAGAAGAUAUCUGUAAUGGUCGCGUUGUCGCCCGUCGCCUUCAUGUCCAACAUGAAGUCACCAGUGAUCAGACUGUUCGUGCCCGGCCAGCCCAUAUACGAGAGCAUCGUUAAAACAGUCGGAGCUCAUGAAUUCGCGCCAGAUAACUUGCUGACGAGGAGCGUGAAGAGAACCGUGUGCGGGGUGACCAAGAUCUCUGAGAUCCUUUGCUCCAACAUCGUAUUCCUAACAGUCGGCUUCGAUAUGCCCCAGCUCAACGUCACCAAUCUCCCGGUGGUAUUCGCUCACGAGCCUGCCGGAGCAGCCACCAAUCAGAUGAUACACUACGGCCAGGGGGUCCGGUCGGGAGAUUUCGCUCACUUCAGCUACGGGACUUUUACUAACGAAAGGGUCUACGGAAAUAAGGUUCCCCCGAGCUACAAGGUGGAGCAGGUCACAGCUCCAGUGGCUUUAAUGUACAGCGAUGGAGACUGGAUGGCAGACGUGACGGAUGUGAGGAAACUAGCCUCCAAGUUGAGCAACGUAGUGGAGGACUAUUUGGUGCCAUUCCACGGCUUCAACCAUUUAGAUUUUAUCAUAGCGAGGGACGUCAAGACGUUGGUCUAUGAUAAAGUGAAAUAUGUUUUAAAAAAAUAUUAAGUC